AUGCUUCAGAUCAGGCAACAACAGGCCAAGAAUUGUGCACGGUUCAACCAGAAUCGUCCCUUCCAGAGUGAUCAGAAGAGGCUCUAUGAAUCAUUGGAGCGACCAAUGGUAAGUGGAACGGGUCCAGCACCGAAUCAGGCCGACACUGUAGCAUUCUGGCGCGGCCUGUGGUCAGAGCCCGUAAACCACAGCGAGGGCCUUUGGACGGAAGUUGUGGCGAGUCAGUGUGCGGGUAUUGCGCCCAUGGACCCCGUCAUCAUAACGCCGGAUGACGUAGCUGAGGCGGUCCGUAGGGCCCCGAACUGGAAAAGUCCGGGGCUUGACGGGCUGCAUCACUACUGGCUGAAGAGGUUCAUGAGCAAGAAAGCGGAUCUAGUUCGUUUUUACAAUUACGCCUAA